UCAUUACAAAAUUCUCGUAAUAUAAAUAUACAUUAAAUUAUGCAAAAUAACAAACGGAGCUAUUCAUCGAAGAUCUUGGAUCUGGGUAAAUGGGAUUCGAAUGCGAUCAAGCACUACAGCAGCUUGGACCGCAUUCAGAAGCAGUUGCGCAAGGGCAACUGGUCCUACAUAAGCGACCAUCCAGAGAUACGGGCCAUCAUACGCGUCAUAAUGUAUCAGGUCAUCAAUGCCAAUCCGGAUAAUGUGCGACAGUUUAUAGCUGAUUUUUUCAACUGUCGCCGCACUCCGAUGUUAGUGCAAAUGAUAAACACACAAUUGAAGUAUGUUAAGGAGCAGCUAAAGCGCGGACGUUGGAGCAAGUUUGAUGCGGAAAUGCUAUUCAUGGAGAGUCCAUCGACGCAUUCACUGUUGUCCUCAGCAUCUGCUGAUUUCAAUGUGCAUCCUGUGCUCACUUAUGCACUUGUCUUCAAGAAACCUGACGAAUGUGGAAUAGACAAGCCCCCAUUCUAGGCUGUCCAUUCAACUUUCUCUAAUUCGUCUUGUUAUUACAUAAAAUGUAAGAAAUUUUCGUCACAUUAAGUUAAAAUGUAUAUUUAAAAGGAUUUUCUAUUAUUUC